GAGAGAAGCCCUAUGAGUGCAAACAAUGUAAAAAAACAUUUUCCCAGAAUUCAGACCUCACUGUACAUCAGAGGAGUUACAUAGGAGAGAAAUCCUAUGAAAAUAAAAUAUGUGAUAAAAUGUUCUACAAGAAGUCACACUUCACUGUGCAUGAGACAACUCACACUGGAGAGAAAUCCUAUGAAUGUGGGGAAUGUGGAAAAUCUUUGAGUUUCAAGUCAGUCUUUAGUAGACAUUGGAAAAUUCAUACAAGAAAGAAAACCUAUGAAUGUGAGCAAUGUAGGAAAAGGUUCUCCCACAAGUCAUAUCUCGUUGUGCAUCAGAGAUCUCACACAGGAGAAAAACCCUAUGAAUGUGAACAAUGUAGGAAAAAGUUCUCCCGGAAGUAUUACCUAACUGUACAUAAGAGAACUCACACAGGAGAGAAGCCCCAUGAAUGUGAACAAUGUAGGAAAAGGUUCUCCUUCAAGUCACAUCUCAUUGUGCAUCAGAGAACUCACACAGGAGAAAAACCCUAUGAAUGUGAACAAUGUAGGAAAAGGUACUCCAGCAAGUCACAUCUCAUUGUGCAUCAGAGAACUCACACAGGAGAAAAACCCUAUGAAUGUGAACAAUGUAGGAAAAGGUUCUCCUACAAGUCAGAUCUCACUAACCAUUGGAGAAUCCACGCAGGAGAAAAACCCUAUGAAUGUGAACAAUGUGGGAAAACAUUCUCCAGGAAGUGUUACCUAACUGUACAUAAGAGAACUCACACAGGAGAGAAGCCCCAUGAAUGUGAACAAUGUAGGAAAAGGUUCUUCUACAAGUCACAUCUCAUUGUGCAUCAGAGAACUCACACAGGAGAAAAGCCCUAUGAAUGUGAACAAUGUAGGAAAAGGUUCUCCUGGAAAUCAGUUCUCAAUAGGCAUUGGAGAACUCACACAGGAGAAAAACCCUAUGAAUGUGAACAAUGUAGGAAAAAGUUCUCCCGCAAGUCACAUCUCAUUGUACAUCAGAGAACUCACACAGGAGAAAAACCCUAUGAAUGUGAACAAUGUAGGAAAAGGUUCUCCUGGAAAUCAGUUCUCAAUAGGCAUUGGAGAACGUAG